AUGAAUUUGGAUUCUGGAGGAGGAAGUGGAGAGGAGGAGGAGGAGGAGGGUGAAGAGGAAGAAGACUCCCACAGCGAGGAGUUUCAGACAGGAAAUGCAUGUGGCAGGGAACAGAGGCAGUGCAGGGUUGCAGAAGUGGGAGAGAGCUCUUAUGAAGGAGAGAGGGAAGGAGAAAACGCCACAGUGAGGAGAAAGCUGAGGAGCAGGGAAAGAGCAACACAGAAAACUGGAAGAGAAAUCCAGGGUGCGAACGACGAGGCACAGAGGAAAAAGAAAAAGAAGAAACGAAAAUGGAUAGGCAUAAACCUGACGAACUGCAAGUAUGAGAGCGUGCGGCGAGCGACCCGGGUCCUAGGCCUGAGGGAGGUCGGUGACGAUGAGGAUUGGACGGUCUACUGGACAGAUUACUCUGUCUCCAUGGAGCGGGUCAUAGAAAUGAAGAGGUACCAGAGAAUCAACCAUUUCCCGGGGAUGAGUGAGAUUUGCCGAAAGGACCUGCUGGCCAGGAAUAUGAACCGGAUGCUGAAGCUUUUCCGUAAAGACUAUAACAUCUUCCCGCAGACCUGGUGCCUGCCCGCAGAUUAUGUCGAAUUCCAAGCCUACCAGCGAAGCAGGAAGAACAAGACGUUCAUCUGCAAGCCGGACAGCGGCUGCCAGGGCAAAGGCAUCUUCAUCACCCGCAAGCCCCAGGACAUCCGGCCUGGAGAGCACCUCAUCUGUCAGCAGUACAUCUCCAAGCCCUUCAUCGUUGACGGCUUCAAGUUGGACCUGCGGCUGUACGUGCUGGUGACCUCGUGUGACCCCCUGCGUGUGUUCCUGUACCAGGAGGGGCUGGUUCGCUUCGCUACAUCCAGGUACAGCCAGCCCAACAGCAGCAACCUGAAUGAUGUGUGCAUGCACCUGACUAACUACGCCAUCAACAAGCACAAUGCCAACUUCAUCCAGGACGAGGAGACCGGCAGCAAGAGGAAGCUGUCGACAUUUAAGAUGUGGCUGGAGGAGAGCGGCUAUGAUGUGGAGAAGCUGUGGGGGGAGCUGGAGGACGUGGUAAUCAAGACCCUGAUCUCUGCUCACCCCACCCUCAAACACAACUACCACACCGGCUUCCCCAACCAGCUGGGGCCCAGCGCCUGCUUUGAGAUCCUGGGUUUCGACAUCCUGCUGGACUUCAAGCUCAAGCCCUGGCUGCUCGAGGUGAAUCACUCCCCCAGCUUCACCACAGACUCUCAGCUGGACCAGGAUGUGAAGGAGGCUCUUCUCAUCGACACUCUCACCCUGCUCAACCUGGGUGCCAGUGACCGCCAGAGGAUCCUGGAGGAGGACAGGCGAAUGGUUAAAGAGCGGCUGCUACAGAGACAGAGACCGGCCCGCGAGUCACGGAGGGAGCUGUUCCUCAGCACUCAGGCCUCCUGGCUGGCUCAGGCAGAGAAGCACGAGGAAGAGCACUGCGGGGGAUUCCACAAGAUCUUUCCCCGGGAGGAUUCCAAGAAAUACGCCGAGUUCUUUAAGCAGAGCUGCACCCUCUUCCAGGAAACGGUGUCUUCCAAAGCCAGGGAGGAGUGCGCCAGGAAACAGCUGGAGGAGCUGCGUCUGAAGCAGGAGCUGGAGGGCCCAGGCAGGGGAGGGGGCAGGGCGAAGCACAGGGGGCUGCAGGGGGAGUCCGCGGGGGAGAGAGCUCUGCUCUGCCACCACACCACCAUC